GCCAUUCGGACCGAUUGCGAUAUCGUUCUGUGCCAGAAAAUCGUCUAUUUUUCCGACCUGCUGCAAAUUUUCCCCUGCAGAACCCGAAAUGGCUGAUCUUGGUGCUCCAGUUCGUGUAUCCCCUCUGAUCCGGUUCGGACGCUGGUCCUUCCUGGUGGUCGGAGUUGCCUACGGUGCGUACCAUCAGCAGCGCCUGGCUAAGCGGGAAGUUGGAAUCCGUGAAAUUGAAGCGCAACAGAAAGUUAUCCGCGACGCUAAACUGGCCGUAGAAAAGAAACGAAACCAGGAAGCUGAAGCAAAGGCCAUUGCCGACCUGUCUGCACCCUCCAAGAAGUAAACAGAGUAAGGAUGCAGUUUCUUUCUCUUCAAGACGCCCUACAUCUCAUGUCUUGUAAAUGUUGCAGUACUGGAUGAUAAAUAAAUUCUUUGCUAGGAAGUAAACAACUCGUAGAUUCCAAACGACUUCGCCGGUUUGAGCUUCGAACACAAUGGCUCGUCCAUUAGAU